GAGGUACAGAGUUCAUCUGUUUUGUUUGUCUACUGUGCCACUGGUGGAUAUAAAGUAGCAGUGUGCAGUGGUAUGCAUUGUGAGUCUACGAUCACAGGGAGAAGAAUGAAGUCUCUCGUGCUCCUUCUAUUGGUGGCUGUUACUGUAUCAUCUGUGCUGUCUAAACCCCUCCCUGAAGACUCUGAAGCAGAGGUUCACAAGGAGUUUGAGACAUGGAAAGUUAAAUAUGGGAAGAGCUAUCCGUCGACCGAGGAGGAAGCCAAACGUAAGGAGAUAUGGUUAGCGACGAGGAAGAGGGUGAUGGAACACAAUAUGAGAGCAGGAAAUGGAUUAGAGAGCUUCACCAUGGCGAUCAAUCACUUUGCUGACCUGACUAAUGAGGAGGUUCCUAGAGGACUUUUGCCCAUGCCUCGACCUGAGGAAGAAGAGGUGGACAGAGAGUUUGAGAUGUGGAAGACUCACAAUGGUAAGACCUAUAACUCCACCGAGGAGGAAGCCAAGCGUAAGGAGAUCUGGUUAGCUACUAGGGCAAGAGUGAUGGAACACAACAAGAGAGCAGAGAAUGGCUCAGAGAGCUUCACCAUGGGGAUGAAUUCCUUCUCUGACAUGACUUCUGAGGAGAUUCCUAGAGGAGGACUUCUGGUUGUGUUUCCCAGUCGAGAUGGAGGGGAGGAAGCAGAGGUGGAUAAAGAGUUUGAAACGUGGAAGGUUCAACACGGGAAGAGCUAUGGUUCCACCGAGGAGGAAGCCAAGCGUAAGGAGAUCUGGUUAGCUACUAGGGCAAGAGUGAUGGAGCACAACAAGAGAGCAGAGAAUGGCUCAGAGAGCUUCACCAUGGGGAUGAAUCAUCUUUCCGACCGGACUACUGCGGAGGUUACAGGACGAAGGCUUCAAGAUGGGGAGGAAACAGAAGUGCACAAGGAGUUUCAAACAUGGAAAGUUAAAUAUGGAAAGACCUAUCCGUCCACCGAGGAGGAAGCUAAGCGUAAGGAGAUCUGGUUAGCUGCUAGGAAGAUGGUGACGGAACACAACCGGAGAGCAGAGAAUGGCCUGGAGAGCUACACCCUGGCAGUCAAUCACUUUGCUGACUUGACUACUGAGGAGGUUCCUAGAGGGCUUUUACCCAUGGAAUGAAGAAGCUUUGACACUAUGAGGAAUGAACAAUUUUGAAAUUUACAAUAAAUAUAAACACUACACUUUCAA